UAAUCAAACAUGGCUGAUGAUGAUGAUGACCUGGAUGAACUGUUGGAUGAAAUCGAAAAAAAGUUUUGCCGAAACGUUUCUGUCGCAUCUUCAGCUCGCGCGGACUCGAACGAGGCUGGAAAACACGGGAAAGACAAUGACGGACAGAGAAAACACAGUGCUGCUAAACCUGAAAAACCAAUAAGCAGCAUUACUGAAGAUAUUGACGCCCUCCUGGAGGAACUGCUGGAGGAAGACUACAGUGAUUCCACCAAACCAAAGACUGAACAUUUUCCUAAAGGACCACAAGUGGAGAAGAAGCUGUCGUCUCAGUCUGGAGGCAGGAAGUGCUGUCCUGUGUUCGUUGGCGGGAGCUCCGUCACAAACGGCGUCGGAACGGCCACAUCCAAGAGGUCAUGUGACCAGUUGAGGUGUACAUCCUGUGACUUCCGGGUGCUGAUGUUCGAUGACUGUGAGUGGGAUCCGUCCUGCGAUUACCUGUUCCUCAGGAACAACAUGCCGGACCGUCAGAAGCUCCGAGCCAAGCUGAAGAAGAGGAGAGGUUUACGAGCGUACGCCUGCCAGUGCAGCUGGUUCUCCACGUUGGAGCCGACAGACCUGCGGGACCAACCUCAGCUCAGAUGGGUCUGCGGCAAACACCAGGACUGACGUUCGCUCCUCACCGCUGCUACACAGCCGUCACAAACUUCUGAUCAGUCUGGAUAAGCAAAGCACAAAUGUGACAGACAGAGAAACUCGUAGCUGGUUUCACGUCAAGUCAAGGAGACUUUUGGACAUAAAUACCUGCAGUGAAAUGGACUUCAAGGAAGGUUUUUACCUCGAGGUUUCUGCAGACAGCUGUCCUUUCAUCAUGGUCAUAUACACUGAUUACACUAAACAGCAUCACUUAUAACCUCUUCAUUAUCUCUAAUAUGCAGUUAGGUUUGAUUUUCAGUGUCAGACCCUGAAAUUAUUAACUGAAUGUUUUUUAAAUGUCAGACACCUCUGAAUGCCAGAAACACAGCUGACCAUCCUGGUCAAAUCACAGAUAUGCUAUAAAAUCAGAUUUCUAUGAAAGGACAGUUUAUUGUUGUUUAAGCUUUAACUGAGACGCUGCGCUGCGCUGACGUUGUGUGUCUUCUUGCUGCAGGAAAACAACUUCUGGUUGCACGAGGACAUAAAAAUCAAUUUAAACUGAUCAGCUCCUUUU